GCCCCAUAGGUAUAGAAUUGGUCUAUAACUAGGCGACUCAGUUUUUGUGGUGAAUGACGUCAUUGUCACAAGCUGCCAGCCAGCCAGCCGCGAUCUGCCUCGGCACAGGCCUCCAGAGCGCGCAAAACAAUAUGACGGAUGUCUGAACUCAUAUAUAACUGACAUUCAUUGAUUGACAUUAUCUUUGUUAUCGGGUUCCCUGUGGACAUGAUGUCACGUGAUUGAUGAGCCCACGAGGGAUUUGUUUAGUUCAUUAAAACCCAUUCAGACAAGCACUCUUUCCGUAGUUUUAAUCCCCCAACACGCCGAUACAUUGGUGUCGUGACCAGGAUGGACGAGCUGCAACGUCUAAUUGCCUCUCGGCGAGGCGAGCCAUCUUACGAAGUUAAUGAAGAAAUCCGAGGAGAUUUUUACCAAAGAUGGCGGGUUUACCGAACUCGAACUCGCAUCGGCGAAAAACAGAACUCAACAACUCGAAGCAAAGGCUGGGAAACUCCGAGACUUAGAUGAGAUCAUAGCCCCGAAAAUUGAGAAGCCUGAAGAUUUGGAGAAGGACAUAAUGGAAACGGAGAAAAUCCAGGAAGGGAUCACAGAUAUGAUUGCAAAGCUAAGUGUAAUCAUUAACAAUGACAAUGUACCGAGUGUUAAUACUCCCUCCCCCGUCGUUCCGCCGUCUGUCGCUUCAACAUCCUCUCCCCAAAGCGCUUGCGCUCCUUCAACAUCUUCUCCCCAAAGUGCUUGCGCCCCUUUUGUGAUGCAUUGGAAACCAAUAUAAGAGCACUAGAAGCCCUCGGCAAGUCCCAAGACUCCUUUGGGUAACUCCUUAUUUCUGUUAUUUUAGGAAAACUCCCUAAUGAAACCAAGCGCAACCUAGCCAGGACACAACAAGGGGGGACUGGACCAUACAAGGUCUGAGGGAAGCUCUUAAGCAUGAGCUUAAGGUUUUAGAAGCAGGAUCCCCCCUCCUGUCGGAAUUUACACCCACAGCCUCAUUCUUUACCGGGGUAAAGGGGCCUCAUCCCCAGGGGAAAGGCAAGCCCAAGGUCAUUCAUAGCGUUUACUGUAAAGGGAAGCACAGUACACAAAACUGCGCCACCGUUUCUGACCCUAAGGCAAGGAAGGACAUUGCUGUCAAGCUAAGGCUCUGUUAUAAUUGCCUUUCAUCCUCCCAUAUCAGCUCCAAAUGCACCUCAAAGUUUCGCUGCAGUCAGUGCGGAGUUAAACAUCACACCACAAUUUGUGAGAGAGACAAAGGGCAAGGUCCUCCCCCUGGGAACAAGGAGCCCCCACCCCAAGCAGAUCCAUCCCAGUCGGUUUAACCACAUUAACACCAGCACACCCCUAUGGCAUCCCCCAUGAGUAUCCAAUACUUCUAAAACUGCCGUAAGCCAUGUCAGGGUUGGGAAUACUAGCAGGGAGGUGAACAUACUUCUCGAUGAGGGCGCGCAACGCUCCUUCAUUACUAAGAAACUCGCUGACGAACUCGGCGCAAAGCCUAUUUCAAGGGAGAAUAUCUCCAUGUCUGCCUUCGGGGCAACAGAACACUCCCUUAGGAGACUAGAAGUUACAAAUGUCGAAGUAAUCAGUGAGCAAGGGGAUAGGAUUUCUCUCAGGGUGCUUGUUGUUCCACAUAUAGCUACCCCCCUGGAAUGCAAACAUCACACAGAUGUCAGUAACAUGCCCCACCUGAAGGGAUUGAAAUUAGCACACCCAGUGUCCAGUGGUAAUUUCGAGAUCAACUUGUUAAUUGGUGCUGACCAUUACUGGGACAUUGUACAAGAUAAGAUUAUCCGAGGGGAAGAGGGGCCCACAGCUAUGCAGUCCAAAUUGGGCUAUCUACUAUCUGGUCCUGAAAGGACCAGGGGGGUGCAGGGCAAUGUGACUAAUAUAUUUCACAUUUCAGCCCACCAAGAAGAUGAAUUCGAUCUACAGCAAUUUUGGUCCCUAGAGUCAAUGGGCAUAUCACCCAAUGCUGACCCCUCUGAGAAGAACUUCUUGACUAAUUACCAGGCCACCUCGAUCACUAGAGACGACGACGGCACAUACAUUGCUGGGUUUCCAUGGAAGGAAGAGCACGCCCCUCUCCCAACUAACUUCAGUAUCUGCGAGAGACGCACAAGGGCUACCGCACGACGACUUCACCAGACACCAGAUUUGAUGAAGAGUUAUGACGACAUCAUCAAGGAACAAGAGGCCAGAGGGUUCAUUGAGAAGUUGUCACCAGGCCCCCUCGACCCCAAGUCUGAACGACUGCCUGGAGGUCGGUUCACCUUACCUAGCCGACAUGGGCUCGAUUUUAGUGCGGUUUCGCGCCCACCCUAUUGGAAUUUCUACUGAUAUAGAAAAAGCUUUCCUCCAUGUACGUCUCAGCGAAGCUGACCGCGACGUGACCGGGUUCCUAUGGCUCUCCGAUCCCAGUGACCCCGAAAGUGAGUUCCAGACCUACCGUUUCAAGUCGGUCUCUCUCAGCCAUCUAGUUGGCGUUACUGCCCCACUCGCGAUAAUCCAGCAGACCUACUAACGAGGGGUCUAACCACAGCAGAGCUCCAAGCAUCAACAGCAUGGCUGCAUGGCCAUCCUGGAUAACUUCAGAAUGCGACUGGCCAACGUGGGAAUCAAGCACCACCCUUCUUGUUGAGAUCCCAGAGGAAGAACCUAAAGUUACCCCCGAACCUGAUGAGUUAGGAGAGCAAACCGACUCUGAAGCAGACGUGACUUCAGUCGAGAAUCCAAGCAUCAGCACGAUCAUGGAUCCCACUAGACACAGCACACUGAGGAAACUUCUACGUGUAACCGCUCUUGUACUGAGGUUCGUCCAUAACCUCAGGAACCCCACUGACCGCAAAAACGGACCUCUGAUGGUCACUGAGCUGACGAAAGCAGAAAGGACAUGGAUCCACGAUCGCCCUAGCCAUUCUUACGCUAAAGAAAUAGCAAACAUUUCCUCCCAUGUCAAGUCUGGGACCCCUUUGACACGCCAGCUGCGCCUGUUCAUGGAUGACGAUGGCUUACUUCGCUGUGGCGGGAGGAUUCACAACGCCCCUGUUUCUGAAACCGCCAAGUUUCCAGUUCUUCCGAUUAAGACUACGUGACGACCCUCAUUAUCCGUGACACGCAUGAACGCCAAUUACAUGCUGACGUUAGCUCGACACUAAGUGCAUUACGCCAGAAAUUCUGGGUGCCUUCGGGAAGAUUCCAAGUAAAAAGGGUCUUGAACAAAUGCGUAACGUGCCAAAAAGUGAACGGUGCUCCAUACCGAGCUCCAGACGCUCCGCCACUAACAAGUCUCAGACUCCGGGAGUCCCGACCCUUUGCGGUUACAGGAGUGGACUUUACGGGAGAACUAUAUAUACGAAACGGGAAAACUGACUCAAAGGCCUAUAUCUGUUUGUUUACAUGCGCAGCUACUACUAGAGCUGUACAUCUUGAAGUCGUUUCAGAUUUAUCAGUCAAAACAUUCAUUCUCGCCGUACGUAGAUUCGCAAGCCGCCAGUCCAUUCCAGACGUUAUCAUUUCUGAUAAUGCCAGUACCUACCAAUCGGAGGCUGCUGAACUCGAGCACCUGUUUAAUUCACCAACGCUCAAACAGGAGCUCGGCAAACAAGGGAUAGAUUGGAAGUUCAUCCCGAAGAGAACUCCAUGGUAUGAAGGGUUUUGGGAGAGGCUGAUCGGCCUCACGAAGACGACGCUGAAGAAAGUCCUUGGCCGAGCAUCCAUCAACUUAGUCACUCUCCAGACGGUUGUCAUGGAAAUUGAGGCUAUCCUUAAUGACCGCCCACUAACAUAUGUCUCUCCUGACAUAAAUGAUGAAGACCCUCUCACACCAUCCCAUCUACUGUAUGGAAGAAGGAUUACCAGUCUCCCACAUCCUGACACUGAUGCGGACGAUCUAACUGACCCGAGCUAUGGAAACGGUGCUCAUCUCCGAAGGGAUGCUACUCGUGUAGCACUAGUUAUACAACACUUCUGGCAGCGCUGGAAGCAGGAGUACCUCACUUCGCUGCGGUGCUUCCAUGGCGCAACAGGUGGCAGCGGUGAAACACGCGUCAAGAUAGGAGAUGUUGUCCAGAUCCACAGCGAGAAGAAGAGGUUGAAGUGGAAACUAGGCGUAGUGGAAGAUCUGAUAAGAGGUGCCGACGGAUGUGUACGGGCUGUAGCCUUAAAAACAGCUAAGGGUCACACGAACAGACCUAUCUCCAAGCUAUAUCCCCUUACUACUGAUGUUGUGGUGGCUGCAGACGCGCAGACAGGAGGUUAGCUCCGGUCCAACCAACCUAUCAGGAGAAGCAUGCGAAUUUCAGCUGCCACAAUGGACCGCAUCGCAGACUGGGCCCGGCAACUACGCGCCCCCCCCCCCCCCCCCCCCCCGGAGGAUGUCUGGACUCAUAUAUAACUGACAUUCAUUGAUUGACAUUAUCGUUGUUAUUGGGUUCCCUGUGGACAUGAUGUCACGUAAUUGAUGAGCCCACGAGGGAUUUGUUUAGUUCAUUAAAAACCCAUUCAGACAA